AGUUCUAUGAGCGCUAUUUUAUUGUGAGGACGCAAACUGACUAUAUAGUAACUUGGUUGGUCCUUGCUCCGUAACGGCGACUGCAAUUUAUUGUUUUUAUCUUGGAAAGUUGAAAAAUCUUUGACAUUGCAUGAUAAAUGUACGCGGUCAUGAAUUUUGUCGUGAUUAAAUCGGGUUUUAUCAGACACAACGCAAUUAAACAAUUGUGAUUUUUGUGUUAGGUUGUUUGUUUAUUUGAAAACUAUAAAUAUUUGUUGUUUGUAUUUUUUGUGAAUUGUGAACAUUUUUUUCUGAACGAAUUUUCAUCGGGAGUAUAACAGAAAUUAAUUUAAAGUGUGUUAUUUUUUCGAAUUCUUGAAUGAGAAGUAAGAUGUGUUUUCUCUUCAUCGACCAACGUUUUGGAAAUUCCGUAUCACUAAAAAGUGGAAAAUCGCUAUUUAAAUCACUAACUGCAUUAUGCAAUCGAGGGAUAACGGAAACCUUUGAAAGCGCGUCGUUAGGGUCGCGCGACGAGCCAUGAGUCGGUGCCCGGCGGUGCGUCAUCGCUCAUGGACCAUCCCGCGUCUUAUGUGCGGAUCUUCUUCAGCUUGGGGCCGCGCCACGAGACUGCGAUCUUUCGAUCCGACACACCAUCAGAUCAAAUUAAAGAUUUAUUCAGAUCUGCUGCAGAGGCGGGACCACGAGAUAUUCUAAAAUUGUACAAUAUCGAUGGACAAUUAUUGAAUAUUUCUGCUGAAUUACCUUCUAAUUCUCCAGAGACUCGGUAUUCUUUGCAAGUAGUCGCCGCCAACGGUUUAGCAAUGCUUCAAGAAUCCACCGGAGCCGAUCUAAAAGCCCUCGAAGAAAGGGUAUCGGCCAUAGAAAGACAACUUCGAUGGGAACUACCAUUACCCCCUACAGUUGAAGAGCUUCAAAAGGAAGUUGAAGCUUUUAAAGAAAAACUGGAAACUACAGAAAGUCUGAGCUGGCUUGGAUUCUAUAAACAGCUUCCAGAACCUCUUUCUAGUGAAGAAUGUCGUCGACUGCAAUAUCGACGUAAAAGUGAUUCUGUCAAAAAACGAGUGAAGCAGAAUUUUGCAAAUAUAUGUGACACACAAGUAUCUGAUGCAAUCCGACAAUGGCUCAGAAUGCCGACGUUUGAUGCACGGCCUUGGGAAGAUGAAGAAUUACUACUUCUGUUACAACAAAUGUACCUGGAUCACGAUCUAUGUUCAAAGUUCGCCAUCGACAUAACUACCCUGAGGAAUUUCCUGUACGAGACGUACAAAAAUUACAACGAUGUGCCGUUUCACAAUUUUAGACAUUGUUUUUGUGUCGCACAAAUGAUGUAUGCGAUUUCGUGGUGUGUUGAUUUGCCAUCGAAAAUAGGUGAUUUAGAAGUGCUUAUAUUAUUAACUUCUUGUAUAUGCCACGAUCUUGAUCAUCCUGGAUACAACAAUAUAUAUCAAAUAAAUGCUAAAACAGAAUUGGCAAUACGCUACAAUGAUAUUUCACCGUUAGAAAAUCACCACUGUAGCGUAGCAUUCAGAAUACUCGAAAACGAUGAUUGCAACAUAUUCAGAGCAUUCAGUAGUGAAGACUUCAAACAAGUGAGGGAGGGAAUGAUUAGAUGCAUUCUAGCUACUGAUAUGGCGAGACAUAAUGAAAUUUUAACCAACUUCAAAGAAAUAUUACCCACUUUCAACUAUAGUGAUAAGGCACACGUCAAUUUGUUAUGCAUGGUUCUAAUAAAAGUAUCAGACAUAUCCAACGAAGCGAGGCCUAUGGACGUAGCUGAACCAUGGCUUGAUAAACUCCUCCAGGAAUUCUUCAAGCAAAGCGACGCUGAAAAACUGGAAGGAUUGCCAGUUACACCGUUUAUGGAUCGUGAAAAAAUUACUAAACCAUCUUCACAGUGCUCUUUUAUCGGAUUUGUACUACUGCCUUUAUUUGAGGCACUAGGAGAACUUUUCAUUGAAUUACAGGAUUUAAUAAUUGUACCUGUUCGAGACGCACUAGACUACUAUCGAAGACUUAAUGAAGCAACGAGGGAAGAAAGACUGCACCGUAAAAGUAUAGUAGAAACCACUCUAGCCGACCAUAGCCCGUCAUCUCAAAGCUCUGAUCCAAAUGUGCCAAAAUCUAAUUCCAAUGCGAACAUUAAAAUGAAGAAGAGCUUCAGCUUUCAACAAACACGUUCCAGAUCGCGGUCAACGGACGAAGAAAUCACAGACAAUGACACCGCUACAGGACCAGGUGACGGACAAAGUCUCGAAGAUGUUCAAGAAGAUACAGAAAGCGGAGAUUCGGAAACGGCUAACGAAGUCGAAGUUUCGGAGAAAGCUUUGAAAUUUAAAAUAUCCACGGAAAGCAGUAUUACUACUACUGGUAGAAAAAGUUAUCCAGGAUCUCGUAAAGGUAGCAGAGAAAGAGUUCAGCAUCUCAAUCAUUCGGAAAUAGCAAAGAUGGUGGCUAAAGGAAAACUACGAUGUGGAGGUUUGAGCUUCGAUCAACACUGUUUAGUGGGGAACAAGAAACUGUCCUUCGAUCCCCCUGAGUUUUUAGACGAAUACGCUUUAACUCUUAAGAAGAAGUUCGAAGAAGGUCUAGCAAGCAACAAAUUUGAAUCCGAUGAAGAAAAAGACGAUACAGAAGACGGCGAGUAUAUUUUAUCCAAAGAAACGCUGAAUUUGAACAAGCGAAAUUCCGAACAUUCCGUAAAAGUUCCUUCGGUAAACGAAGAGAAGAAAAGCAUUUUAAAGUAUAGUGAAAAAACUUAUACCACUGAACAAAGACUUAAAACGAACAAUGACGAAGAUGAUGCAACCAAAGAGGACAUCGAAUGUCCAAACUAUACGCGUAAAAAUAGUAUUAAAAAUUGUAGUGACCAACAAGUGGGUGGUAACAGUAUUUUUGUGCAAAGGGAGGAUGCUAAGACGAGUCGAUCGAUUUUUUCGCGGUUUAGACAGUUAACGGACAGGCUAGGACUUUCAGAUAAAGAACCCAAAGUGAAAAUUAUAAAAGCAGCGACGAAAAAUAAUAAUUAUUCAAAGGGUACACCACAGAAAGGCAAGAAAAGGUCAGAUAGUGCAUAUUACAAACUGGAUGAUGUGAAGAAAGCUAGUACGCUACCAAAAACUAAAGGAUGUAAUAAGAAAACGUGGAAAUUAUUUGUAGGAAAGCAGAAGAGCUGGGCUUCCGAUGCAGCAGUCGACGAAUUGGAUUUGGACAAUCAAUCACUUCCUUCUACUUCCCAGGUUCAAAGCAACUGCGCAAGUCCUAAGUUAGGUAACUUCAAGAGCGAAUCGUCGAUUAGGAAAGAAGAUUCAACUACUAACAACGUUGUUGACAAAUGUAUCGUCAAGCUACAGGAAAUUACAAAUGACGAAAUUUUAGUCAUAAACGAAAAAGACCCUACUCUGAUAUGACAAGAGGUUAACGUCCCUGAAAAAGAAAGUUUUACCAGAUAUAUAUUUUGUCGUUGCUGUAAAUACAGGCCAAACGCUAGAGAAAAUGUUUAGAAUUGGAUUUCUUAUUUAUUUUUAUUUAGUUCAACUUUUCAUUAUAAUCGCUAUUUAUUUUUAUUUAACCGAAGCAAAUAUUAUUUGUAUGGAUUCGUCUCUCUGAAGAUUAUUUCGAAAAUAUUCAGAAAUACGUAAUAGUUUUGUCUGUGAUUUUUAUCUAAAAAUAUUUCAUUUCGACAAGGCCGUACCCAGCGAGGGGCAGGUGUGUAUUGGUGGAAGAUGAGGGGUCUCUAGCCAGAGAAUACAACUGAAUACAAUUUUUAAUGUUAUAAGUUACAGGGCUGAAGUUAUGGAUAUGAUGCAUGCUAUAUUUCAGCGUCUUGUUUCUGAUGAUACGUGUUUGUUGAUCGAUUCGAAUUACACGUUUUUGAUUUAUUAACCUCACUAUUUUUUAACAAUCUUCUGGUUCAACAACCUUUAGAGGGGUGACCGAAGCAAAUAUUAUUUGUAUGGAUUCGUCUCUCUGAAGAUUAUUUCGAAAAUAUUCAGAAAUACGUAAUAGUUUUGUCCGUGAUUUUUAUCUAAAAAUAUUUCAUUUCGACAAGGCCGUACCCAGCGAGGGGCAGGUGUGUAUUGGUGGAAGAUGAGGGGUCUCUAGCCAGAGAAUACAACUGAAUACAAUUUUUAAUGUUAUAAGUUACAGGGCUGAAGUUAUGGAUAUGAUGCAUGCUAUAUUUCAGCGUCUUGUUUCUGAUGAUACGUGUUUGUUGAUCGAUUCGAAUUACACGUUUUUGAUUUAUUAACCUCACUAUUUUUUAACAAUCUUCUGGUUCAACAACCUUUAGAGGGGUGACCGAAGCAGAUAUUAUUUGUAUGGAUUCGUCUCUCUGAAGAUUAUUUCGAAAAUAUUCAGAAAUACGUAAUAGUUUUGUCCGUGAUUUUUAUCUAAAAAUAUUUCAUUUCGACAAGGCCGUACCCAGCGAGGGGCAGGUGUGUAUUGGUGGAAGAUGAGGGGUCUCUAGCCAGAGAAUACAACUGAAUACAAUUUUUAAUGUUAUAAGUUACAGGCGUCUUGUUUCUGAUGAUACGUGUUUGUUGAUCGAUUGGAAUUACACGUUUUUGAUUUAUUAACCUCACUAUUUUUUAACAAUCUUCUGGUUCAACAACCUUUAGAGGGGUGACCGAAGCAAAUAUUAUUUGUAUGGAUUCGUCUCUCUGAAGAUUAUUUCAAAAAUAUUCAGAAAUACGUAAUAGUUUUGACUGUGAUUUUUAUCUAAAAAUAUUUCAUUUCGGCAAGGACGUACCCAGCGAGGGGCAGGUGUGUAUUGGUGGAAGAUGAGGGGUCUCUAGCCAGAGAAUACAACUGAAUACAAUUUUUAAUGUUAUAAGUUACAGGCGUCUUGUUUCUGAUGAUACGUGUUUGUUGAUCGAUUGGAAUUACACGUUUUUGAUUUAUUAACCUCACUAUUUUUUAACAAUCUUCUGGUUCAACAACCUUUAGAGGGGUGACCGAAGCAAAUAUUAUUUGUAUGGAUUCGUCUCUCUGAAGAUUAUUUCGAAAAUAUUCAGAAAUACGUAAUAGUUUUGUCCGUGAUUUUUAUCUAAAAAUAUUUCAUUUCGGCAAGGACGUACCCAGCGAGGGGCAGGUGUGUAUUGGUGGAAGAUGAGGGAUCUCUAGCCAGAGAAUACAACUGAAUACAAUUUUUAAUGUUAUAAGUUACAGGGCUGAAGUUAUGGAUAUGAUGCAUGCUAUAUUUCAGCGUCUUGUUUCUGAUGAUACGUGUUUGUUGAUCGAUUGGAAUUACACGUUUUUGAUUUAUUAACCUCACUAUUUUCUAACAAUCUUCUGGUUCAACAACCUUUAGAGGGGUGCAAAAAAUGAUUGUUACUUAAUUUUGUUGCUGGAAUGUCGAUAGAAAUAAUUGUACAGUGGUUUCCAAUUUUCUGUAGAAAAUCUGAAAACAUCCGCUUCUUGUGGACCAUAUUAAUUACAAUGUUUACUACCAUAGCACCAACACACAAUUACAUAAACUGAGUUUUCGUCUUCGGGGACCUGGGGCGAAAAGUUUGUUCAAAGUUAGUUGAAGAAAAUAAAAGAAAAAACAAACAAAAGUUUUUAUUGCCGAGCCGAUCACUAGAGUGUGCCAAAGUACAAAUAUUACUAAGGAGUUAAUUCACUUGAGGCAAGAAUUUAUACUAUUCGUCAUAGAUUUUUUAAGGAUUUUAAAAAGCGGAAAGCAGUCGGAAUAAUUCUUAAUUUCAAUAGGGAAAUGAAAGCAUAUUCCUGGAUUUCUAGCUUGUGCUAGGUUAGACAUUUCAGUUUCACGAUAGUUGAAAAUAUUCGAAAUAAUUCAUUGGUUUUGUACAUGCAAAUCCUUAUUCUCAAAUUCCCACGAGUCGUUGUGUUUUUAAUUUUCAGUUGAAACAAUUUCUCUACAAAAUUGGUUUUAUCAAAUUCUGUACGCGACAUUCAGAAACACACGUGUUGUUCACACAUAAACACCAUUAAAAAUGAUUUAUGUGCCGUAAAUUUGCUUAAACAAGUAUUCAAAGCAAUUCGAUUAUAAAAAAUGUUUUUGUUCUUUUGGUAAUAUUGAUUGUAUUUCAAACAGAGUAGCAGUGUGUUCAGGAAAAGCAAUUCGUUGAUUUGGACCAAUUACUAUAUCAUUUCCAAAUUAAACUUCACGCUAUAACUUGUCUUAUUUCCUACAGAACCAGUUGUUGCUGUAGAACCAAAACUUCAGCAUAAUUCAGCUCAUGGAAACCUAUUACGUAUUUUAUUUGAAAUAACAGAUAGACGAAUCGAAAAAAGGCAACGUAAAAGGUUUUUAAUGGAGUGAUGGACGAAAUCAGAUACCAAAAAAAAGUUGGUUCUAAAAAUACAUAUAAAUUAAUAAAAUAAUGGGUUUCGUACAGACCAAAUAUGACAUUAGAAACUAAAUGUUGAUAGAGAUCAUUUUUGCUAAUAAAUUAUACGAGGUGCAUAACGUAAGUUUACCUAUUUAAAAGAAGGAUCUAAUAUUUAUUGGCAACAAAUAUGGCAAUGUUUUAACUAUUUUCAACAUUCCCUCCAGUAUAAUUGUGAAGAAUAGAACAUUAAUUACCCUUGCAAAAAAAUUUACUACCUGGAUAAGCGUAUAUAACGGGUAGUAUUAGUUUUAAAUUAUCUGUAUCUGAAAUUGAAGAAAUAAAUACUAAAUUUGAAUACAUAAAAGAUAAUUCACAAUUGUGUUUUCUUUUUAGCAUUUUUGCCUGCUUCUAACAUUCUUUGACUAGAUUUUGAAUCAAUUAUAAACCGCUAAAUAUGACUAAAACAGUUUACUUUUAUAUCCAAUCAUAAUCAUAACAGCAUUUAGUUUAAGUACAUGAACUCUUUUUGACCUUCAAGUGUGUUGAAUUAUUAUUGAUUCAUAUAUUUUUAGAACCACAGCCGUCUCAUAAUAUCUCACAAAUAGCUAUUAGUCGGGAAGCUGGCUACAUAAAACAGCAUCGAUAAGAUACACGACGUUUGAGCUUGGAAACGGGGAGCCCGUAAUUAAUACAUCACCAAACGGCCUUUUUGGCACUCUACACAGGUCGGAUAUGAAAAUGUCAGCCGGUUUUCCCGGGCGAAAAAAUGGGCUGGAAAACCUAAUAUGGUACACGAGAGAAAACUCUGGGAUCGUGGGGUUCGAACCUCAAAUAAGAACGCCGAAACAACGCCAGAAGUUUUGAAGCUCGGAAAAGCCUCGUCAGAAGAGAGAAUUCGUCCGAAAAUUCCGAAAUGGUACACGAGUGAAGCCUUGUGGAACGUGAGGCCAGACUCUCAACUAGUAGCGGUGUAACAGCGAAGCAUCAUCUAGCCCCAACGAUCUUCAAAAUUUCUUGGGGCACCAUUAGCCGAUAAACAUUACUGAAGGACUUUUCGCAAAGAUACAACGGUUUCCAGACAUUUUAAAAAAAAGUUCAUGAAAAUAAUUUUCAUUCGAGCCGAGAGCGAAAAGUUCAUUUCACAAGUACGUUGAUUUUCCUUAUUUUUUCGACCUGUGAAACUUCUGGCGUUAUUACACCACUUUUAGUUAAGACCACAGAAGUCAAGCAAAAAAGUUUGACGCGUAUACCACGUGAGGUUUUUCUGAUGAAUUUUCCGGCACUUUUGGUCGCUUAUGGCGAGGGUUUCCCGAUCUGCAAAACUUCUGGCGCUAUUACACCGCUACUAGUUGAGAGUCCGGCCUCACGUUCCACAAUUUUUCACUCGUGUACCAUAUCGGGUUUUUCGGACGAAUUUUCUGGCACUUUCGAUCACUUCUGGCUAGGCUUUCCGACCUCCAAAACUUCUGGCGUUAUUACAGCGUUCUUAUUUGAGAUACGGACCCCACGAUCCAAGAUUUUUCACUUUUGUAUCAUAUGAGGUUUUCCAGCCCAUUUUUUCGCCCGGGAAAUCCGGCUGGCAUUUUCAUAUCCGUCCUGUACAGAGUACCAGAAAUGCUCAAACGUCGUGUACAUUAUCGAUGCUGUUUUCUGUAGCCAGCUGUGUGACUAUAUCUGGAAUUUUAGAUCGAAAUAGUUGUAGCUAACUAAAUAAAGAUCAAAGUUUUGAUCAAAGAAUUUAAUAAUCAAAUAUAGUUUUCUACAAUACUUUAAAUAACUACACAAAAACUUCUUUCAUAAAAAAACGACACUGUAUAUUUUUGUAAACUUUGUAGAGUUGUUUUUAUGUAAUAUACUCAGUGAUGUAGAAACCCAAACAACUAAUAAAAAUUCAUUUACGAUCAUAUUGGAAAUAUAUAUCUCAAAGAACAGUACAUAUAUAAAAUUAUUAAAAUAUUUCUCCAACUUUCUGUUAUAAAUUCUUUCAUAAUCCAUGACCCAUAAUCACAGAAACAUUUUGAUAACUUUCACUUAUGUCCCAUAUUCAAAUGAGAAACAAAUCCGGCAAUCGUGGGAACCUAGUUAAGAGUGAUACUUUGAGGAAACAAGUCAAAGAUAGUUCCAAUAUUUCCUCAAUGCAUCUUCUAUCUAUGUUUCUUUGGCUAAAACAUCUGUCUCUAAUAUUCCAGAUGGUCUUCGUGACUUGGUACACACGAUCUAUGGUAUUAUAUACAAGGGUACCUAUUAUAGGGUAUAUAUACAACCCCUGUCUAAAAUUAACUUUAAUCUACUAAGAACUAAAUGGUUUUUUGCUUUUAACAUUGAUUUAAAUUGAUUUUUAAACUGCUGAAACUUUGAAGGAAACGAGGUAAAUAUGGUUCCAAUGUUUCCUCAAUGUAUCGAUGUGCAUUCAAAUUGUUUCUGGAGAAUAUUCGCAUCCUAUACGUUAUGCUACAACACAAUUCAGGCCCAUAUGAAAAAAGUUAACUUAUAAAUUUUUUCGAGCAACAUUUGAUGAAUUACUUUGCCUACUGUAAACAUGGUUUUCGUGUCCACCAAAUUCAGGACUUUCUAAACGUACAGUUACAUAUCAAAUAUUGUGAAAAAGUAAACUUGGAGUAUUAAAAAAUAUAUUUGAAAACUACUAAAUUGCUUAAGUAAUAAUGACACACAGUAUGAUGCAAAUACAGAUGUAAACCAAUAAUUUGUAGUGCUUUUGUCGAUGAAAUUCAAUAAUCUUAAGCGACGAUCUCCAUUUCUUGUCUUCCUAACAUCUGACACGUUUCUGUUUAUACCAACAGCACUUUCCCAUCUUUCCAACGAACCCAUUAAGCAGUAUGAAGACUUUUGUUAUAAACAUUUAUAUAUCACUGAGUAUAUUCUUACUUGCGAAUCGUGUUUUUGUGGGAAUGAUCAAAUGUAGCAAACAUUAUCAUAAAUUUCCAAAAUUGUAGAUUGUUUACCAAGUAAACCAGUAUCAAAACUGUAAGGUAUUUUAACGUAAAAUAGAAAAAAAUGUAUCUCCAUUAUAAAUCUAUUCUGUUGAAAUUUUUGUUCGCCUUAUUUUGUAGUGAAAAAUUUACCCUCAAAUCUAUAGAUGUUUAUAUUUUAUUAAAAUCUGAACAUAUCCAAAUAAUCUUUUAUCUAAAAACUGAAACUUUUAUAUAAAAAAAUUUACUUUUCUAAAAUUUUUGGAACCAAAACAACAGUCUUUCAUUCUUUUAACACGUCGAGCCCCGGUGCGGUCCAUAGACCCACAACUGAGUUUUCCCCACAGCCCAGAGCGUAUUUUAUUUCAAAAUUCCUCUACGAUCCAAAGCACCGCAUUUAAAUAUGUUUUACAGUGUAUUUGGACCGUCCUGGGUCCUUGAAACAUUAUCCUACUUUUGGUACAUUUUAUUUUUUUUUCACGAUCCAUUUGGACAUAAAUCUUUUCAUAUUUUUUUAUGGUUUUUUGCAAAUAAUAUUCAAUUAUAAUUUUUAAUUUGUACUAAGUUUAAAUUACCUGUAACUAUUUUUGAUAAAUUUUAUGUUUAACGGUAUAAAAUUCAGAUAUUUAUAAAUGAUUCGCUUAGUAUUGUCUAUCACGCAUUUUUCUAAAUGUUUCAACACAUAAUAAACGUAGCAGAUAAGUAAAUAUGACCUCAAACAGAAUCUAUUUUUGAUCCCAUAUAAUAUUUUUCAAAAUACAUUACUUUACAUAAAACACAAAAAAAAUGUUGAGCUCAGGGGAAAGUUUAUCAAUUUUGGUUAGGGCUCAACGUGUUAAAUCAUAUACAAAAAAAACAAUCUAUAUUCAAAAUAGAAUUUAUCAAUUACAUAUAUCUCGUAUUUGCUCUCUUAUAUAUACAGGGUGAUCGGCUAUGAAAAUUGAUAACAUGGCGUGUGCCAUAAUAACUGUCAAUGAUCGAAAUACUAUUUAAAAUAUUAAUUUUAUAUUCCGACAAAAUAAAUCACUUGUUUCCCUUUCAGACAUGAUUCAUCACAGAUUAAACAGUUACAUGGACUGCUACUUCUUCUAUUCUUCUCAGCAAAAAGAAAAACGUCAACCAGAUGAAAGUUUCAAUUCGAUUUCUUGAAAAUGGGAAUUCAAUUGUUGAAAAUCGAUUCCACUGUAUACAUGCAUUAAUUGUGUAAGGCUCUCGCAGCUGUGAUCAUUUGCACUGCUACUAGACGUUUUGUUAACGUGUGAUUGACAUCUUCAGAGGAUGCCUGUUGCUCCAACUGAUUCUGACAGUAGCGGUAGUUGUUUUUUAGAAGUUAAUAAAAUUUGGAUUCAUCCGAAGCGAUUGACAAGUCUGAAAUUAUUUUAAAAGAAAAUUUCGUUUUAUUUGGUCAUUGAAAACAGCCAACAAAACAGAGAAUCAUCCAAAGAUCCUUUUUACAUUAAUCCUUUUAGAUGUUUUGCCAUUCAUUUUCUCAGCUAAAGUAGUGUACUAUGGUCUAAGUGGUUUAUGUAAACUUAAAGACACAUUUUCUUUUUAACUUACGAACUUUUAACAAAAAUUUAAAACUAGUUGCAUGUCUCAGCGUCCUUGGAUAUUCAAGGAUAGGUCUUCAUCUUCGUCGUGUAUGCCCAAAACUACGUACCACCGUAUAGUUUUCAGUUCUGUUUGUCUCAGGAGUUAUUUGUUCAUUUUUGUGAAAAUUUCGCUGCAUAUACCAUCCACUCAAUACUUUCCAUAAGCUGAAACAUGAAGAUUGAGUUCGUUUUUAAAACAAAGGUUCUCUUUUUUUGUAGGAUUACAGUCAAAAGUCGGAAACAAUCCGGUCGAAUACAUUGUAAAAAUGAGGGAUUUACCGAUUUCUAAUUUACUGGUUUAUUAUCCAAUAUUUAUUACUAAGUUUUGCAUCUUCUACAUAAAGGACUUUUCAGUAAUGAUGCAUAGCGCUGGUAUACGUAUUUUUCCAAAAAAGGCUGACUGCAAAAAGUCACCAGACUAAAAGCGGUUUAACAAUGUUAAUAGUUUUCAGAUGUCGGAAUAUAAAACUCCAUUUCUAUGUACUGACCAAUUUUCAUUUAGAAGAUGAUUAAAUUAAAACCGUCCGGUCAAUUUAGAGUACAUAUCGCGUACAGCUAAAAAUUAGCGUGGAUAUUCGAAACGCUGUUAUAAAUGAAAAGUUACUAGAGACUUUUUCAGUAAAAAAUUAAUCAUACAAAAAUUGUAACUCAUACUUAUUUAUAAGAAAUGUCUUAGUACUUUUUUUGAAAUAUAGGGCGUUCUUUUACUUGCUGUUUGCAAGUAAUUUGCUUUCAUAGCUAUGCAUCAUGAAUCCCCAUACGACUCAACACCUGGUGCAUUCACGAGAAUAACUUUUUUGUAGCCACUUCACGGAUCACCCAUAUUAAAUAAGUAGAUUGUGCCCUAUAUCCCUUUUUAUAGUUACAAAUAAUUAUGUUUGUGGAUUAAUUUUGUCGAUUAACUUCCCACCCCAUUCUUUUUACUGUAGCUAAACUUGAACCGAAUAAUACACUCGAAAAAGACGUUUAGAAUAAACUAAUUUAUAAAUAAAAGUGUUUUUUUCGAAAUUUAUCUACAGUCUGGGUUUUUACCCCGCAUUCUACUAAACGUCCACAGCCUGAAAUACUCUUUGGGGCGUUCCACUACGAUCGUUGGCCUAAACCCACUAGCAACACGUCACGCCACGCCACCUCACGCCACGCGCCGAAUAUUUGUGCAUAUGUUUUCCCAUUUAAUUCAAUUGUCUGCGUACAUACUCAGCUACCACGCCACGCAACGCCACGCGAUCCCACGUGGGACGAUUCAAAAUUCUCGACGCGCGAUGAAACGUGUCUUGUCUUUCUAUGUCAAUUUACGAUUUUUGUUGAUUUUAUGGGCGCAAAAUCUUCUUUUUCUCUUGAUGUGUAAAACUACAGCCUAAGCAGCACAUUCUGCUGAAGUUACUGUACGGACUAAUAAUGCUCUUCACGUGGAUGGACGUCGCAUGGUGUGUUGUGGCGUGGCGUGUCACAAAUUUGUACACAACAAUGUACCACGCGAACCGAAGUCGCAUGGCGUGGCGUGGCGUGUUGCUAAUGAGUUUCGAUCUUAACGCUUACGAUUAUCCAUACCAAGAGGUGAGUCGAUGUAAACGUAUCACAACUUUAGUGAUAUGUAUACGUAGCGUAUUUAUGCAUGAUUAAUAUGAAGAUUAGAACUUCUAGAACAUUUAUAUCUCAGAAAAGGUAUUGAGACUUUAUUCAUAGAUAAAUAUAACUAUCUAUAAUUUUUAUCUGAUGUAAUUAUUUAAACGUUUAGACGUGAAAAUCCAAAUUUGGGUGUUCCGAACAUUCAUACCAAUUAUUUAGGUUUAUAGGAGUUUGUGAGGAUUCAUUACUAUUUUUAAGGCUAAUUUGACCGGACUACAACUAUCGACCAAUACUGAUUAACAUCGAUUUUGUUAUGAUUACACAGAUUUGCAUUUAAAAAAAGAACGUAAAGGUGUGUACUGGCGCUAGAAAUGUAUUAGAAUAUAUUAUUAAAAAAAACUUUAUUUAUUUACUUUAGAUAUUGUUUUCAAAGAUAUUUAUAAAUUUUCAAUACUUGUGAUUCUAGUCCACUAUCUUUAUCAUUAUCGCUGAUAUUUACUAAGGUACCUGAAUCGAAUAUACCCACCUCAAGGUUUGAUUCUCAUUUUUUCAACAUUUAAACAAUAUAAACAUGUCAAAUUUAUGUCAUUCCAUAAUGUUUUUAUCUAGCUUCAAUAUAACGUAUACCUCUUAAUUAUUCAUUUUUUUAACUUUUUUAAAAUAGGAGGAAAUUGGCCUUGUUUCCGACUGUUUUUGUAAAUACUGUUUUAUUUAACUUCAGGAACCCCAUCAGCCAAUCGGAACCUGUCAUUAUACCCUGGGGAUUCCACGUUUUAAUUAUUUUGUACGCAGAAUUUCUUGACGAAUAUACGUUUUGCUUCAAUGGCUAUCCUACUUUGUAUAAUAGGAGAUACUAAAGUCCUUUCCUGUUCAACGUUUAGUAUAUUUUUUCUACCCAAUUCAGAUUUUUUGACGUGGUAUUUUAUAACGUUUGGCGGCCUCACGACGUCCAUAUUUCGUUUUGAUUACGAUAUUCACAAAUCACAUUGAACUAUUGACAUUUUUGAAACUAAACAUCAAAGUACACCACAAAAAUACCAUAACAAACUUACCUUCGUGUUUUAUAACUUCGACACGGUUUUCGGUGAGUCGCGUCUGCCGUUCGGAUACGAACCUCGAACAAUUACCGCUGCGUUUAGUUUAAAAUGGGCUUUAGCUACAGCUACAGGCAAUUGGUCAUAUUGAUCGGCUGGCCAUAUUCGACCCAGAUACCUUAUAUAUUAUUUUAUAUGUGUGAAUUAUGUAAUAGAAUAUAGAAUGUAGAAUAAUAUUUUCCUACCAAUUAACUUUUGUAUUUAUUCAAACUUAUAUUUCUUUGUUGAUACGUUGAGAUAACAAUUCGAAGUUACAACAAAUUGCUCUCAAAAACCCCCAAAACGGUGCAUUAGCGAAGAAAUGAUGAAUAUCAAUUGAAUUUGUAAACAUAAACGUCUUAUCUACUCUGAUGUACUUUUCAUUCCAUAAAUCACAAAAUAUUAGUCCUUCGAAAUUCAUUUAUAUACAGGGUGUCCCACGACCAAUUAAACUUUAAAAUUAAAACUAUCUGUAUAUGGCAAAAUAGUAAAAUCAUGAAAAUUUCUACGUUUUCGUUUUCGGAUACGAUCUUUUUAACUAAUAUAUUUUCAAACAUGGCUAUAACUUUGUUAUUUUAAAUGAAACAUCCUGUAUAUCAAUACAUUUUUGAAAUCUACAUAAAAUUUAAGUUUACUAUUGUCUGAAAAGUUUUUUCGAAAAACGCAUACUUUUUGAGUUAUUAAUUUUUUUCUGAAAAAUUUAACCCUUAUAAAUUAUUUUUUUACGUGGAUACCCUUAAAGAUAUGAAAAUUGUUUCUGUUCGGUUGCUUUUAGCAAGGUCAGACAUAUUUGAAUCUAUGUUGUAAAAUUUCUCAUUUUAUACAGGGUGUAUAUAAAAAGUGCUCAAAGUUUAACUUCACGAAUAUCAAAUUUCUUUAUUUUUUUAAAUAGAACCACCCGGUUUUUUCUAUUUUAAUGCAUUCAGGGGUAAAAAAUGAGGCAAAUUUAUGUAUACUUUCGUAUACCGUUAUCCAGAUAUUGAAUGUUUUCUAUAAAUUUUCAGAGAUACAGGUGUGGUCUAAAUUUUAUUUCGACCCGUUGAUACAAGCACUAAGAAAUAAAAAAAUAUUCUUAUUUAUCUUGUCAAGGUCUGUAAACUACUUAUUUAACUGUCAUUGUUACAAGUUAUUACAAGAACAUGUACUUUUAUGUGCUGCAAGUUAUCCAGAUAGAGUACGACCAAAAUCGCAUUCUAUUGAAAGAAUCCUCAACAAUUUGGAAACUAUACGGUUCAUUUGAAGCAAAAGUUAAUCGAAUUAAACCAGUUAUUGACAAUAAUAAUGCCGAAAUUGAUGAUGUUGCUUAUUUUACUGCUUAUCCAGAAGCAUCAAUACGUGCUGUCGUAAGAGAUCACAGAGUAAGCACAUCGUCGAUUCACCGUAUUUUACGAAAACAUAAAAUCCAUCCUUAUUCUUACAAUUUGUGUCAAAAUUUAAAACCAACCGAUUUUAUUAAACGAGUAGAGUUUGCUGACCUUGACAAGAUAAAGAAAAAUACUUUUUUAUUUCUUAGUGCUUGUAUCAACGGGUCAAAAUAAAACCCCUUAAUGCAUUAAAAUAGAAAAAACAGGGUGGCUCUAUUUAAAAAAAUAAAGAAAUUUGAUAUUUAUGAAGUUAAUCUUUGGAUACUUCUUAUACACACCAUGUAUGAAAUAAAAAAUUUUUUAUCAUAGAUUCAAAUACUUGAGACCUUGCUAAAAGCAACCGAAGAGAAACCAUUUUAAUAUCUUCAAGGGUAUCCUCGUAAAAAAAUAAUAUAUAAAAGUCUGCAACGGUCAAAUUUUUUACAAAAAAAUUAAUAACUCAAAAAAUAUUCAUUUUUCGAAAAAAGUUUUUGGGCAAAAGUAUACUAAAAUUUUACGUAAAUUUCGAAAAUGUAUAAAUAUAUAGGGUGUUCUAUUUAAAAUAACAAAGUUAUAAUCGAUUUUCGGUAGAACUGGAAAUCGGCCAUCUUUGAAAAUAUUUUAUUUAAAAAGAUCGCCAUAUACAGAUAGUUUUAACUUGUCACCCUGUAUAGUGUGGAAACGUAUAGUAAUAAGAAUAGGUUUCACAUUAAGCGAGUACACCAGGAAAUAAUUAAAAUUAUUCAGUACAUUAAUCAAUCGUGGUGAAAAUAAAUCACAACUUCUCGGAGCUAGAUAUAAUAAUAAAUGAGCUAAAAAUGGUACUCACUCGAACUUCAUGGAGAUCUAAUGAUAUUUGUCAACAAAAAUUAUAAUUUCAUGCAUAUUAUUUGAAAAAUAACAUUUAAUCGUCCUUGAGAUUGUCGAAGCAGCUACUUUUUAGUUAGCUUUCCUCCGACUUGUUUAUGUUAUGCUCAAAUUAUUGAAAUUGAUACAUUUCAAUACAUUUAUUGUGAUCAAAUAAUCAUUUUUUAACUAUUCUAUGUCUCCCCUUUACAUGAAUCUGCUACAAUUGCGCUCCCCUGUUACAAGUUACUAACUGACGUCAUCUCUAUUUCCAAAAGUUGAGUUUUUGAACUAAAAUUUCAUAAAUUACAGUGUCUCAUUAUCGUUCAAACACAUAAAAAUAUUUAUAAAUAAGUUUGUAGAAUGGUGUGAUUUGCACUAAGUUGAAAACGAAUGCAGGCGUUCGAUUUUCAACUUAUAUUAGAUCGAAAAAUCUUUAUUUUCCUAUGAAUAUUCGAAGAAAAUUUGUUUUCACACGAGGACCACUAAAACCAACUUAUAUGUACCAUAUCUUUGUAAUCAAGAAACGGAGGAUUUUGGAUAUUAUUUUGACCUCUUCUAGUACAUCGAUUUUAUCAUUAGUCUGAUAUAAUUCAAUUCAUUCAUGUGUAGUAACCCAUAUCACUAAAUGUACUCAGAAGUCCAGCAUCUUCGGUAGGUGCCUUGUUGACUUUCACUUUGUUAAUUGUCAUUUUCUUACCUGUGCUUUAUCUGCUAGCUUUUCGCUAUUUUCUGUUCUGAUCAAGACUGAGUUUUAGUUGAACGUUUGAACGUGAUAAUUUAUCUAUUUAUUUGAUAAUUGAACAUAUCAUUCGACUCAAAUUUGUAAAAAGACCGAAAGACAACACAAAUAAACUAAAAACCUCCGUUUUUUAUAACUAAACUAUUUUGAACUUUAUAUUUUCUCAAUCCAAUCUAUAUUCUUCCUAUUGUACUAGAUUGAUAAGUGAUAAUUACUUAGAAGUUGCAUAUUUUACAAAUAGUAUGAAUUAAAAAAAAAACAUACGACCGUGUAAAUCAAUUGAAAAUAUUGAAUAAAUGUCUAUAACUAAAAA